UUAACAGAGCAUUCAUCUCUAUAUUUCUUGGUUCUAGUAGUUCUGUUAUUUAUGGUGCAUAACUUGGUAUCAAAUCAUAUGUUCCUCUUGCUUCUAUCUAACUUCUUCUCUGAGAAACUAGUUAUACUUAACCUGGUAUUUACAUUUACUCACACAGAAUACUCACAGCCAUGGAUUUGUCAUAUUAUGUCCAACACAUAUAUAUAUAUGGUGUAAACUCUCUUAACCAUACUUACAUAAUUUUGGUUGUAUUCCAUUCACAUACAUAUAUAUUUCAUUUUUCCUAUUCAAUCUAUUGUAGAUUUAGACACACAUGUUUGUUGAGUUACAAAUAUAUUUAAAUUAUUGAUUAAAAAUAGUAUGACUGAUGAAGCAUUUGAUUGAAUAAUUAUAUAUCAUGUUCCUUUUUCUGGUUCAGUCUCUUCUAAUUUUAUUUGUAAAACAUUUCCUUCUAUAUCAUGGUUCACCAAGCUAUUGUUAUGACUAUUUGAUUUGAUUUGGUCAAUCAUUUUCUGAAAUUCCGAUAGUGAUACUAAUUAGAUAUAUUUUUGAUCAAAGUAGACAAAAAAUAAAAAUGGUAGAAAUUAAAAUUGAAAUAAGAACUAGUUUUUAUCAAAUGAUUUGAAAUUUGUAAUUUUGAGUUUAAAUUGAAAUAAGUUAUCAUUUUUAUUUAUUUGUAUACUUAUUUGUUCUCAAAUAUAAUGUGACAUUUCCAGAAAUGGACGAAAAUAGAGUUGAUGAUCAGGAAUACAUUCCUCAAGUUGCAGAUGUUAGAAAGUCAAAAAUUGGGAUGGAAUUCUCAUCGCUAGAGGAAGCAUAUUCAUUCUAUAACCAAUAUGCACGAGAAGCCAGAUUUAGUUCAAGGAUAAACACAAGCAAGAAAAAUAAGAUAACAAACGAAGUGAUGUGGAAACAAAUUGUAUGCUUUAAAGAAGGGCAUACUGAUCUAAUGCGGAAUGCUAAACAUGCAAAAACUGAUCAACUGAUAAGGGAAAGAGCACGUGGCACAGUUAGAACAGGUUGUAAGUCAAAUAUUGCCCUAUCUAAGAAACAGACCGGAUCUAAUUGGGUUGUCAGUAACUUCAUAGAAAUCCAUAAUCAUCCAUUCUCGACUCCCUCAAAGGUGCAUUUGCUACGCUCACAUCGUAGAGUUUCAGCAGCAAAGAAAACAUUAACUAAACAGUUUUCAGAGGCCAAUAUACUAACUUGUCAACAAAUGCGAUUAUUAGAGAUAGAAUAUGGAGGGCCUGAGAGGGUAGGUUGCACAGAAAGAUAUAUUAGAAACUUUGAGAAAACCCUAAAAGAUGAUCAAAAGGGUAUCGAUGCCGAAACACUGAUCGAGUUAUUUACAUCUGAGCAAGAGAAGAAUUCAUCUUUUUUCUUUGAUUACGAGACUGAUUCAGAUAACAAAUUUAGUAGGUGUUUUUGGGAUGAUCAUGUAUCAAGGAGGGCAUAUAGUGUAUUUGGUGAUGUAGUUGUAUUUGAUACAACAUAUAACACCAAUAAAUAUGGAUUGAUUUUGACACCAUUUGUAGGAGUUAAUCAUCAUCAUCAGACAAUUCUUUUUGGCUGUGGGUUUCUAAGUGAUGAAAAAAUUGAAUCUUUUGUUUGGUUACUUCAGAAGUUCAUAUAAGCCAUGCCUAAGGGUCCACCAAAUGUUAUCAUCACUGUUCAAGAUCCUGCUAUGACGAAAGCCAUUGCACAAGUUUUCCCACAAACGACAGUGCAUCGAUAUUGUUUGUGGCACUUACUGAAUAAAUUUUCAGAUAAAUUAGACCCUUUGACCUUUCAAAAUCAUUAUCAAAGCAUAAAGAAUGUCAUUGCAAAUUCUACAACACUUGAUUAUUUUGAGAAGUCAUGGGAAGAGGUUAUCAAGUGUGCUAACUUGGAGAAAAAUGAUUGGUUAUCCUCGAUGUAUGAAUUGCGACACAAGUGGGUGUCGGUAUAUUUUAGGCAUGUAUUUUGUGCUGGAAUGUCAAGUAGUCAGAGAUCUGAAAGCUCACAUUCAUUUUUCAAGAGGUAUAUUUCAAAUGAGAACUUAUUGAUGGAUUUUAUCACCCGUUUCAAUAGGACAUUGAGACACCAAAGACAUAAUGAGUUAGUUGCAGACCAUGUUGAUAUGAAUGAGCAUCCCAAGAUUAAUACAAACUGGCCAAUGGAAACUCAAAUAGUUAAGUUGUAUACAAAAAAGAAAUGGCUGGAGUUUCAAAGUGAAAUGACCGAUAGUCAUGGUUAUUAUGUACAAUCAGCAUUUACAGGAGCUGACUCAGUGGUUUAUCAUGUGAUGAAAUUUCAAAGUUCUUCUUCUUCCAAACCAAGGAUGCUUACGCAUGACAAACAGAGGGACUAUAUAUCGUGUAGUUGUACGAAAUUUGAGUUUGAGGGCAUUCCAUGCAGACAUAUGUUAGCAUUUUUUCGUAUCAACCAAGUGUUUCAUUUGCCUGAUACGUAUAUACUCAAACGAUGGACACGAGAUGCAAAGGUUGGAGCAAUAUAUGCUUUGGGGAAGCAAAAGUUCGUCGAUGAUCCAGAUCCAAAAAGAUUUUUGAUGUCGAGACACUCGAGGUUAUCCUAUAAAGCUUCAGUGUUAAUUGAUGAUGCAUCUUUGACUGAUGAGGGGACAAACUUCUUGGAAGAACAAUUCGAUUGUAUCUACAACAAAAUUCAAGAGAUAAACAUUAGUAAAACAUGCGGUGAUGGAAAUAAAAGGAAGAAAUCCAUGGAGGAAGGUCUUGGUAUUAUUGAUCCUUCUUCAGUAAGAACAAAGGGAUGUGGGAAAAGAUUGAAAUCAUCAAAGGAGAAGUCAAUCUCAAAGUCCAGGAUAUGUCGUGGAUGUGGACAUCGAGGUGUGUCACAUGACAAGCGCAACUGCCCAAUUUUACAACAAAGAUCAACUGAAGAUAAUUAUCAUAACAACAUUGACGACACAUAUGAAGCAGAUUUGACAUCUAGAGCUGGUUCUAACAACAUGCGGUAGGAUAUUUGUAAUUAUUUAUGACGACUGAUAACUGGUGCUUUACUUUUUGAUAUUUAGUUGUUGAAAUACAAUUCAAUGACUUGCUUACAACUUGCAUGCGGUAUAUGGGAAAAGAACUGAAAUGUACUCUCUUUUCAAAUGUUUCAAACUUGGAUGAUCUGGUUGGGCUACCUGUUCACAGUUCUGGAGUGCAUGGGUUGUAGUUGCAGUUGGCUCCUCUUGCAAUCUACUUUGUUUUAGCAACUGAAUCUCCGGAAGAGGAUCUUGAACAUGUUAUAGAGAUCUAUAUGCUAUUUGAUUGUGACUUCUAAGCUAAUUAAAUAACUAUAUCAACAAUAAGCCGGAGUCUAUUCCCCAUGUACAUUGCUUGGUAAUGCAGGUUUAUGUCUGGGUUGAAAAUUUUCUUGUAGUUAAUUUUUUUUCUUAGAUUUCUGGUAUCGGUUGAAUUUUAUCAUCUGAAAGGCAAACUUCAUCUCAUAUUCCAGGAAAUAAAAAUAU